AUGGUGCAAAUCUACGGAGUGCCCUUCAGAGUGGAAAUUUACCUCUUUCCCAUCAAGCAAUGCUCAAAUUGCUGGAUGUUCACCCACAAGACUAAAGACUGCAAGAAGACGAAAAAAUGUGGAAAGUGUGGAGGGGAGCAGCACGAGAAUCAAGAUUGCGGAGCCCAACCGAAGUGCAUAAACUGCAGAGGACAGCACCCCGCGGAUGACCGGGAGUGCAAAGAAAGGAUACGUCAACGAAAGAUAAAGGAAGCGAUGCAGAAAGAACGGAUACCGCUGGUGGAAGCAGCGGAAAGAUUUCCGAAGGAGAGCAACAGAUUCGCGCUGCUAGCCAGGAUGGACGAAUUCCCGGAGCUAGAAGACAUCAGUGACGACAGCGAGGAUGAAAGAGGCACCCAAUCAGGAGAAGGUAAACGAGCAGCGGAAACGGGAAGAAAGCAACACAAACGAGGAAAGCCGAUAAGCAGAACAACCAGGAAGGAAAACCACAAACGAACAGCGGAUGAAACAGGAGAGGAAGUAGAGCGACACAAGGAAAACGAAAACAAGCACGGGGCGGAAAUAAAGAAGCUAAAACGAAGAGUGGAUCGAAUGGAGAAGAACUGGAAAGCGAUAGGGAAGAUAGUCAGACUGCAAAAUGCAGUAGAAGGGGAGCUGCGUGAGGCGAAAGACCAACUGGCAUUGGAAGGAUUGAUCAUCAAAAUAUGCACAGUUCUGAAGGAGAUAGUUAGCGAACUAGGAGAAAACAUAGACAGAGAAGACCACAGUGCGGAAGAAUCAGUUGACAUGGAAAAUGAGUAA